GAGGAAUGCUGCAGAGUCCAACCCCACAGAGUGUCACCCAGGACCCACCUGAGCCAGAGACUAGCAGAGCUCCAGAGCCUGAUAAUGAGCCAGAAGUGCAGCCAGUUGGUGAGAAGUUUUCCUCACCUAGGCUUGUGCAACCUGAAGCCCUCGUGGAGAGACCGGAAGCUCAGUCCACUCCUCCUGCAAUUGAACCGGAGCUUCACCUCCCCUCCACGCUCAGCACACCUAUCAAUCUCCCACUCCGGGAGUCCCGGACUGAGCUGGAGACAGCGGCCCAUGAGCCAUCUCUCAUGCCCCCUGCUGCACUCCAGACCCAGGCUUCUAGUCCUCCUGACAGAGAAUCCUCCCCUGAAACUGUGCUUUCUGAGGCCACAGGUUCCCACUCCUCCUCAGAUAUCAAACUCUGAUGCCAGGAGAACUCUGGAAAGGAGCAAAUGGGGUUUAUA